AUGGAGGACGUCGACUUCUCGAACCCGACGGCCGUCGACGACGACGACGACGACGACGACGAGGAGGCGGGCGGCCAGGGCGACGAGGCGCAGACCGUCGAGGAGGACGUGCGCUACGAGGCCUACACGCCCCGCGUCGUCAAGAUCAAGGGCAUGAAGCGCCACCCGAGCGACGCGGUGGAAAACGGCACGCUCGCGACGGUCGCGCCUCCGGCCGUCACCUACGCGCUCAAGCUCGCCGAGGAGCGGCCCAAGGUCGUCAAGGAGGGCCGCCUCAGCGACCUCCAGCUCGAGUUCGUCACCUACGCCUGCCAGCGCCACGACGAGGACCUCGCGUCGGGUGCGCGCGCGGGCUUCUUCCUCGGAGACGGCGCGGGCAUGGGCAAGGGCCGCCAGCUCGCGGGGCUCAUCCUCGAGAACGUGCUCCAGGGCCGCAAGAAGCACAUCUGGGUCUCGACGAACAUCGACCUCCACGAGGACGCCGCGCGCGACCUCGGCGACGUCGGCGUCGACGAGGUCUCCGUCUUCCAGCUGCCCGCGCGGCAGAAGACGGUCAUCAAGCAGGACGCGGGCGUGCUCUUCUGCACCUACAGCGGCCUGAGCAAGGGCUGCUCCGCCAAGUCCAUCGAGCGCGGCACGCCCGCGCGCCUCGACCAGAUCGUCGCGUGGUGCGGCGGCGAGGACUUCGACGGCUGCCUCCUCUUCGACGAGGCGCACCGCGCGAAGAAUUUGAUCUCCGAGGUGCCGGGCACGGAGACGGCGGCGGGCAAGGCCGUCUUCGAGAUCCAGAAACUGCUCCCGCGCGCGCGCGUCGUCUACUGCUCCGCGACGGCCGUCUCGGAGCCGCGGAACUACGGCUACAUGACGCGGCUCGGCUUGUGGGGCCCGCGGUCGCCGUUCCCGACCUGCGAGGCGGACGGCGACGAGAACUCGAUGCACGCCGUCAAGAACUUCAUCAAGCUCGCGGAGCUCCGGGGCGUCGGCGCCAUGGAGAUGUGCGCGCUCCACCUCAAGCGCGAGGGCGCGCUCCUCUGCCGCACGCUGAGCUACACGGGCGCGGCCUUCGACGUCGUCGAGGCGACGCUGUCGCCGGAGCAGAUCGCCCAGUACGACAAGGCGGCCCAGCUCUGGCAGAUCCUCCACACGCGCUGCGAGUCCAAGCUCGCGAAGAUGGCGACGAUCGCCGAGCACUCGGAGGACGAGGACGGGUCCCUCGCGCGCGCGUACCGCGAGGCGCGCCAGUCCUACCACUCGUCCCUCUGGGGCGGCCACCAGCGCUUCUUCCGCAGCCUCAUCACGGGCUUCAAGGUGCCGACGCUCGUGAAGCUCGCCAGGGCCGCGCUCGACGACGGCAAGUGCGUCGUCAUCGGCCUCCAGUCGACGGGCGAGGCC